AUGACAAUAUUCGUGAGUUUCGCUCACCGUAAGUAGAGGGUUGCUCUUCUCAGCCCGCCUCUGGCUGUCUGUAGUUGCCAGUCGCCGCUUGCCUGUGCCGGCGGACAUUAGUCGCCCGCUGUCGGAAUACGUUGAAAUAAAAUUCGUUCAUCCAUUCGUUGACUGUGCUCGGCAGAUGAUCAGAAGGGUAGAGAGUAACGGCAGUUUUUAGAAGGACCAUACCUCUCCCAUCUGUUUGUGUUUCUGCGCUAGCUGCCGUUUUGUUAGCAACAGCAGCAGAAUAAGGGCUUGCAGGAGGCAAAACUUCACCUCUGUUUAUACCUGUUUAGUGCGUCAAGUUGGUGAUUCCCAGGAUGUGUCAUUGUGUCCAUUCGUACAACUUUUGCCAUUAACCCCAUAUUUGCUUACCAUGUAAACGCAUGCCUAAUGUUAACAUUUUAGGCGGUCCUUACAAACUUUUUUGUUGGUGUGAUACUGUCAAAUGGGACUAGAAAAGAAAAAAAACACUCACACCGAGAACUUUUAUCACAUGUAUAGCCGCCACUACCUCCGGCCUAGAUCCUAUAAUCUGUCCGAAGGUCAUAGUGCUCUUCAUAGUUGCCAUUCAGACCGGGCUCAAACAGCGGAAUAAUAUGAAGCAAUUAGGGGCAGUACGUCAUCUCGUCGUCAACCUCAUUCUAUUCUUGAUUACUGCAGCAACUCGAUGAAGCUGCUCUACAAGGUUCGUCCGUUCGUUCUUUUUCAAUGUGAGAUUUUUCUCAGGAAGAGUGCCGCUACGAAGAAUAAACACCGGUGACUCACCUAGAACAUGUGUCUGUGUGUUACAGAUCUUCACAGUAACCAUCCGGAAAAAGUCUACUUCAGAGGAGUCAGAAAACACGGAGAAAAUCUACACUAUAUUACUUAUAUUUUUAUCUAACUUCUAUAAAGAUGAUUCAGGGGAAACAUAAUUCAUCAACAAAUGGAUUGAAAGGUCCAAAACUUUUCGAUAACCGACACAACGAACAUCUAACUCAAAACAGCCUUGACCGUCUCAACAUCGUCGUAUUGACGUUUCGCAAGAAGUCGUGAAAGGGUCCAACAAUGUCUUCAGUCAAGCUGAACGAUCCUCUUGCGCCAACGUACCGACGUAAUUACCGCACUCACCUUGCGCUAGAAAGCGACCCAGUUGACUCCGCUUGCUGUUACGUUACGAAUAGUCAGUGUUCGGUGAAUAGAAGUAACUGUACACGACUGGGUCACCGAACAAGUGGUUCGACUGAGGCUAGCCCUAGAAGUACUCGGACUGGCGUUGAAACAGUGGAUGAUGAAGCUCCACUUCUGUCAAGGUGCUCUAGAGUUUCGGAUGGUACUACUGCGAGCUCGCUAGUACCGGACCACCCUGGUGACGCUCCCAAAGACCGUAAUGGCAUGGUUCGCAUGGCGUUCUUCCUCUUUGGCCUUGUAUCACUCUUACCAUGGAAUUUUUUCAUUACUGCUUCAGAGUAUUGGAUGUUCAAGUUCAGGGAUGUACCAAAUGCUGCAGGACAUGGUACCGCUUCAACAACAGCAGCACGACCGCAGCACGUAUUACAAACAGAGACACUUCUUUCAACGAUUCUGAAUGAUCUAGCUAAGACACCUUUACAGAGCGAAUUUUUUUCUGCUGUAUCAAUUGCUUCAAACGUCCCGUUUUUGAUCAUUCUCUACCUGGCAGCAUUGCUUAAUGAGAAAGUUCCGACCCGCAUUCGAAAUCCAGCUGCCCUUAUAACUACGGCACUUCUGUUUGCUUCUGUGACAGUGCUCGUUGUCGUCGACACAGACCUAUGGCAAGUGUGGUAUUACCGAUUGACGCUAGCACAGAUGCUACUCGUGGCGGCUUCGGCUGCCGUCUUUCAGGGAGGGAUAAUAGGUGUUGCGUCGACAUUUCCCAGUGAAUACACUCACGCCUGUAUUAUUGGUCAAUCUGCUGGCGGAGUGGUCGCCUCUGUGCUUCAGGUGGCCGUAUUAUUACUGAACGUUUCUGCCAUAAUAUCUGGGCUUAUUUAUUUUCUUCUUGCUUUGGCCUUGUUAAUCUUCAGCGUAUUCGUCCUUUUUCGAACUCAGCGGUCGGCGUUUUAUCUUUAUUACUUGAAAUGUGCAUUGGCAUCUACCAGAGGACAAAUACAAGCGGCGAGCGUGGCUAGUAGCGGCGUCGUUGAUGACGGCUACGGAAGUACUUACGAGAGCAACUUCGAAGUGAAGGUGCGCACUGGCCUCGUUGUGCGAAAGCUGUGGCACUAUUGCAUAACGUUAGUACUCAUUUAUGUCGGGACGAUCGGCGUUUUCCCAGGCGUUCUUGUUCAUGUGAAGGCCUCUGGAUCGCCUAGCGCGCUGUGGACACGUCUCUUCACGCCAGUGGCUUGUUUUUUUGUAUUCAACGUCGGCGACCUUGUCGGUCGGUUAUUAGCGUCGACGUCGUGGGCCGCUUUUCCCGCUCGCCGCGAAAAUCUGCUUGUCGGUUUGACAAUGAUGCGACUAAUGUUUCUGCCAUUACUUUUCGCUUGCAACGUCGAGCCGCGUGCGACACCAUCGAUGCCAUUACCUGUCCUGUUCAACUCGGACCUGGCCUUUGUCACGCUCAACGCACUGUUUGCUGUAUCCAAUGGCUACUUGACAUCUGCUGCCAUGGUCCUCGGACCAAGGAAACUGGAAUACUUCCUCCAAGAGAAGGCAGGAGUAAUAUUGGUUGCCAUGCUUGCUACCGGUAUGACCUUGGGCAGUGUGGUCUCUCUGCUCUUUGUACGAGCGUUCUUUCAUCCAUCGCAGAAAUAAAUGGAAUCAUGGACUUUCAUUGUGUUCGUAUAUGGCUAAGUGACUCGACGAGGCUUAAUAGCUAGUGAGUUUGUUGUCGAAUUGCCAAACUGCGAUGAUGGAUUACCACGAAAGAAGACAGUGAAUCGAACAGCAGACGUACUUCAGUACACAUGUUCAAUGAAACAGUUCCAAGUACGUCUGAAACGGAAUAUCGACGAAUACACGUACAGAUAUAUAUCUAGGUAGAAAGUUGAGGGGCUACGUGUCCAUAUCGUGUUGUAUAUAUUCGCUGUACACGUAGCCAAUUUAGACGCAAAGCUAUUUAUAUAAUGACAUUAGCUAAAAAGGGGCAAGUAUAUGAUAUUAUUAGGCUAAAUAACGAUGUUGCCUCGAUGAAAAGUAGAAAGGUUAAUUAUAUUUCUUUGAGAUACGUUGCAAAUUGUUAGUAGGAGAUUUCCGAGAUGCACGUCAAUCGUUUGUGUUUGUCGAUUGUUUCCAUAGCAUUGAUUACUGGCACAUCAUAGUUUCUGCUUAAAAGUGCUAGUGCAUUUAGGUUAGAGGAGCAAACAGCGUGACAGAUUAUGUGCCACGUUUUUCACAAAUUAUCCAAGUUACAUUUGCGAGAAAAUGUAUAGCAGCAUUUUGUUACAGUUUGUUAUUCAAUACACCACUUUUGCCGACAUGAUAAAAUAGGAAAGCCUAAGCGUCACUACUACUAUUGUCGCACGAUGGCUAGAUCUCACCAAGAAUACAAUGUAAUAACGGCGCAUCAAUUGCAAAAAAUGACGGAUGAACGUAAACUAGAGGAAGUCGAGUUGUAGUUUGUCUUACUUUCUUAUUUUCUAAGUGUAAAUGGAUAGUGAGCAAAUGCAUGUAUAUGAUGCCAUGUGGGCGUCUCUGUAAUACAAAAUGUGCACGGUCUUUUAUUAAUUGUUCACACUUCUUGUUAAACAGGGUAGACAAUGGAAUCAGUUUUUGCUUAAAAUGUGCCCAAAAUGCCAAGACCGAACGAGUAACGAAACACGUUUAGACUGAGUAGUUCACGCAACUCCAUCAAUCACUAAAAAUUCAAUAAUACCCAAUGAAGUUUAUCACAUGUUGUCCGUAGAUAUCGACUGGGAUCAGAACGUCUAAAAAUAAAUGUUCUCUGUUUUACGUAGAUUACGAACCAUCGCUUCUGACAGCUGGUUCCCACUAUAGGACCACAACGUGUCCCCAGGUUUAGUAGGAAAUUACGUUACUACUGCGUCAUCAAGGGGACCAACGGCAGAAUUUAGAAGCCUGCAAUAUAUAAGCCUAAUACUUGACAACAGUUUUCACAGCGGGCCUACUUGAAUGUUUAUCGAUGUGCUAUAGUCUCACUGAAGGUUCUUUAUUACUAGAUACUAAUAGAGUUAAUAAGCCGAGAGAAUCGAUAACAAGUAACUCUCUAUUUGCUGAUAGAUGUAAGUACUCAUUCGUAUGGUGCAGCAUCAGACUUUUCUAUUUAGCGUACGAGGACUAAAUUAAAUUAGCAAUAAAU